UUAUCCCAUUUACGUACCGGCCCGCUAGGGUCGACAGGCCAGAAUGACCGUGUUUCGUCGGUCUGGUACGGAGAUCUGAGGGUGGGGGAUGGCACGGCACGUCUAAUCGGGAAGAUUUGAUCACGCCGGGAGAUUUCAUCGCCCGGGUGAAGAAGUAGCGUACAUUGUACACUAGGGGUUUCUUGUAAUACAUCAGUUAGUUCUCACUUCGCUUAGAGUAAACAUAAUCCACGUCAUCAACCCCAUCUAGCAGAGAUAUGAUAAAUUAAUUUGGUUUCUAUUAGUUCUAGUCUCCUUUGGGAUGCUGUUGGAUGAGAAAACUCCAAUGGAUUACUCUGCAAGACCUGGCCGAGUUCAGAGUCCGGAGUCCACUGAGUCCAAGGGACUGGACCUCUCAAACUCUGUGCUAGAAAAAGUUUGCCAAAAGAUCAUGAGGAGUAGUGACGAUUAUAGUUCCCGGAUACCUCCUUGGUUAUCCACAAACUCCCAGGAUACAAAUCCAACAAACUUUAGAGAAAAUAUUCCACAAAACUUAAGAGACAAUAAUCCACCAAACAUAAAACUAGACGAAAUGGACCAAAAUUCAAAUCAGUCCAUGGACAGUGACAACGAACCCAAAGACUUGAGUCCAACCCGAUCACGUGAUUACAGUCCACAUCCUUUAGAAAAAAAUCCACUUGGUCAGCAGUCCGGUAGUCCUGAAGUCCAUGAUGAGGACAGAAGUCCUGUCGGAGGUUCAGGGAGUCCUAGAUCUGGAUCAUCUGCCAGCCAUGGUUUGUCAGAAGAUAGAAGUAGAUCACCUUAUAUUGAUCACUCAAGACUGCAGCAGAACGAUCAUUCGCAUACAAGAGAUCGAUCGCGAUCUCCCAGAGAUUUUCGUGAGGACUCCUACAGCGCGUCCUUACGGCUCGCCUCCUUAGAAACUCUGACCGGCAAGACCGGCAGCUGGGUUGACCAAUCUGGUCGAUGGCGUGAAAACGAAAAAAUGCGAGAAAAUGAAGAAAAUUUUCGCGAAAAAUUGUCGUCUUCUUCUACCUCAAGUACAGUUCCUAGCUCCCAGACUGAGGGGGCAGCUAAUCCUCUGCACCUUCUGGCAGGUAUCCCAGGCUCUCCGUUCUCCCACCUUCUAAGCGGAGUAGGUAUGUCAGGGCUACCUAAACCAGCUGAUCUGAUCCAACAGGCUCAAGCUCUUCAGCUGCUAGCACAUCUUCAGACAGUUCUUCUGAACCCUGCAUCCUCCCAGUCUAAUAUAAACCAGUUUAUAAACAAUGCAACAGAUAUGCAACAGGUAAAUAAGAAUUUAAAUAUCUUCAAUUAUGAAAAAAUUAUAUUUAUUUGAUCUCUGAUUAAAAGG